UUCCCACAGAUGAAAUAUGAAGAGAUGGAAGCAGAAGACAAUGUAUCCAGAGUGAUACAACUUGUCCUCCUGGGGUUUUCCGACCUUCCAAACCUCCAAGGGCUGCUAUUUGGGGUGUUCUCCAUCAUUUACAUCAUUAUCUUAACUGGAAAUAGUCUCAUAAUAAUACUAACUAAGCUUGACCCUGCACUGCAGAAACCCAUGUAUUUCUUCCUGUCAAACUUUUCCUCCUUGGAAAUCUGUUAUGUGUCCAUCACUCUCCCUAGGAUUCUGGUGAACCUUUGGACUCAGGACAGAAGGAUAUCUGUACUGGACUGUGCCACCCAAAUGUGCUUCCUUCUUAUCCUCGGAGCCACUGAAUGCUUCCUCCUGGCGGUGAUGGCCUAUGACUGCUGUGUGGCUGUCUGUGACCCUCUGCACUAUCCCCUGGUCGUGACCCCAAAGGUGUGCCUCCAGCUGGCUGUGGGCUCCUGGGUCAGCGGAAUUCCAGUGCAGAUAGGGCAAAUGUGCCAGAUCUUCUCUCUGCGUUUCUGUCCUUCGAACCAGAUUAACCACUUCUUCUGUGACAUUCCCCCGAUUCUGAAGCUGGCCUGCAGAGACACUUUGGCACAUGAGCUCUCAGUCUAUGUAGUAGCUCUGCUGGUUGCUGCAGUGCCUUUUAUGUUAAUACUUGCCUCUUCCAGUAAAAUCAUCUGCACUAUUCUGAGGUUGCCAACAGCCAGCAGAGCCAAAGCCUUCUCCACCUGUUCUUCUCACCUGUGGGUUGUGCUUUUAUUCUUUGGAUCUGCUACUAUUACCUACUUAAGGCCCACAUCCAGCCAUUCUGCAGGAACUGACAGACUGCUCUCCUUGUUCUACAUCAUAGUGACUCCGAUGAUCAAUCUCAUGAUAUACAGCCUCCGGAACAAGGAUGUGAUUGCAGCACUGAGGAAAUUGUUACUUAAAAUAUAG